AUGGUUAAUUUCAACACUUCACUAUUAACUUUUUUCUUCUUCCUCUUGUUAUCCCAAGCUAAGUCUUUUAACAUUACCUCUCUACUUAACCAUUACUCAUCUUUUAGCAAUUUCAAUAAUUACCUAACUCAAACAGGAGUGGCUGCCGCGAUUAAUUCGCGGCAGACAAUCACUGUCCUAGUUGUUGAAAACAACAACUUAUCGCCCCUCAAGGGGAUGUCUCAAGACGCGAUAGCCAACAUCAUGCGUGUGCACGUCUUACUUGACUAUUAUGAUGUUCCAAAGAUGCAGAUGUUGCCUAACAAGACCAUGAAGACACCUACUCUGUUUCAAACGACGGGUUAUGCAAAAAACGAUCAAGGGUUUUUGAACAUGACUGAUUUGGGUACUGGAAGUAUUUCAUUAGGCUCAGCUGCAAAAGGAGAAACACUCGGGUCAAAACUAGUUAAAUCUAUUGCAUCGCAACCUUAUAAUAUUUCGAUAUUGCAAAUUAGCAAUGUUAUUAUUCCAUCGGGGAUCGAUUCAUCAACACCAACAUCUCCUCCACCGUCUUCGCCACCUGCCCCUGCCCCAAUAAGUAGUGCACCAACAUACUCUCCAGCUUCUUCGCCCCAUGGAUCAUCUGCCGCCCUUGCCCCUGGUGCGUCUCCAGCUUCUUCGCCCCAUGGAUCAUCUGCAGCCCCUGCCCCUGGUACUGACACAAGACCUGGUACUGACGCAGGGCCUGCACCAGAAUCAGAGGCUGCAGAGACCCCUACAGAGGCUACCCCUGCACCGGCUCCACAUCAUUUACCACCCAAGUCCGAUGCACCAACUGCAGAUACUCCUGCAAGUGCAUCAGAUGAUGCACCAGGGGCUGAUGCACCAGCACCAGCUCCAACAGGGGAUCAUGCUAGUCCUAGUUCUAUUUUAGGUGUUAGCUUAGUUUUCGUUGCAAUGACGAAUUUCUUUCUCGUUUUAGUGAUUUAG